AUGAAGACCACCGGCGCAUCCGCAUCGAAAUUGCCGCGCUCCUCGUCGCGCUCCACACCCACGUCCCGCAGCGACACGCCUUCCAGCAGUGACAAGCCUUCCAGCCGUGACAAGCCUUCCAGCCAUGACAGACUGCUCAGCCGCGACAAGCCAUUGCCAUCCACACCCAAUCCUAAGAUUGUGCACACCACGGCCCGCGGCGCCAACGCCAACAGAUAUCUGAGAGGAGACUCACGUCCUCUCAGCCAGUCGUCUGUGAGCCCCUCUCGCAUCGGCAGACCCGCUGGUCUUCGUCCCCGCUCUGGUGGAGCCUCAUCAUUUCGUCGGACUUCUAGUCUUCUGUCCAGCGCCCCUGAUACGCCAGACUCAUACAUCGUCACCGAUGAAGAGUCUGCCGGGUUGCGCUCCGUCAACCGCGUGGCCAGAGAAGCCAGAGAAGUCAGAGUAGCCAAUUUCUCCAGCUCGCCACCUGCUGCAAGCAUUCCCUCAAGCCCAUUGCCAACCACUCCAUCAUAUGCCGCACUAGGUGCCUUCGACUUCGAUGGCUUCCAGCCUGUUACCCCACAGACAGCAGCAAACAGCGAUUCGUCGGUGACUCCACCUUUCACAUCAUCGCUCCAUCUGCCGCCGAGAAGCGACUCUCACGCCCUUGGAAUCGACCUGAAUCAGAUCGCCACUACCAUUAAUGGCGAUGGCGCGUCCCAAUAUGGAGAUGGCCACGAGUUCGAAAAUUUCUCGGGCAAAGUGAACGUUGGCGACUUCGACGACGCUGAUACCGAAGCCGACGUCCAUUCAGAAGUGGCUCAUCACUCUCCGAAGGGCAGAAGACUGAAGAGACAUGACUCACCAAUGGGAUCGAUUAUGAGACCGGCCACAGAAGACCAUGCCUUCAGCAGACAUCAUGCAGCUGAAGAAACGAUUGCAGACCGCAUGGAAUCAUUGACAUUCUUUCCUGUCGCUGUGCCCCACCCGAUUGCUGCACCGCAGCCACAUUUCGGAGGCCCCACACAUGAUCCCACUGCCGGCCUCGCUGGGGUCAGAACUCCGGGYAAGAUGCGUGCUGCUGCUGCCGCUGCUGCGCGUGCCGCUGUGCCACCGAGCGAGCCCGGUUUCGCGCGUAGAACAGCCUCGUCUGCCGCCAAGAGCUCAGCGCCUCCUGACAUUCCAAGAAUGUCCAAUCGGGAAGUCCAGAUGCCUUCCAAGGGUCGCAGAAUGAUCGGAAAACUCGGCGGUCUCUUCCACAAGGGUCAGAAGAGGGACGACAUCGAACACUCGCCUAUUCGAAUGCGUUUGACCCGCGAUCCAGCCAGCAACAAGCUCAGAGCCAAGCGCCAGAGCAUCAUCGUGAAGAAGCGAGCCUCUACCCAGGCUCCAUUCCUCCCCGAAAAGGCCCCAGAAAAGAAGCCAUCGCCGCUGGAGAAGAUAGAGAGCCAGGUGGCGAUCACCCCUGCAACCGUCAGCCAUCCAUCGACAGAGCACGUUCAAGGGGAAGGCACAGUGCCUAGGUCCUUCAUUCCCCUCCCUGCUGCCUCUGGAGAAGCCACCAUAGAGCUGUGUCAACGUUUGCUCAAUCAGAUCACCACCGAGACCGAUACCCGUCGCAUUAAUAAGAUUAGGGGCUUCGUUGAGUCUCUCGAAAGAGGUCUGCAAAACAUCCGAGACGCAGGAAAAUGGGCAAAGGAAGCCUGGACUGCGGCGGACAACGCACAGAGAAGCAUGGAGCAUAGUGAGAAGCUGCUGUCUUUCAUGCGGGAGAGGGCCACCAAGGCCAUUCGCAAGUAG